UUCCCCACCUCACUCCUGGAAUUGGGUUAAUAAGAAAGAGCAGUUGUGGAUCAUCAGUUGAAACAUUUUGUGAAUCUUCUUUCCCUGCUUGUUUAUUAUGCUCAGUGACUAUUCUUAAAAGGCAUAGUCUUUCGUAAUCUUUGCUGGGGACCUGUACUCAAGGACCAUUCUUUUAGAGAGGACCCUGAAAGCCAGGGGUGGGCACAUAAUGUGGUGGUGGUAUCAUGUGCUUUGCUGGUAACUCUCAGUGACAGUAGAAAGUCAGUGAACCUCAGACCAGCGCCAGUUUCUCACUCUCCUGGGACAUAAUAUCAGUGAAACAGAUGUUAGGUAGCUGACAUUUGACAUCAAAGCCUGUCAUUCUGAUCUCUUCCUUUUUGGUAGUUUCCUCGCUUCCUCUAUUAUUCCCCUUGUUAGGAGAUCCAGGUGCUCCAAAACUGGCUAGAUAAUUGAGAGCUUUUGAUUUCUUCCUUGUCCACCUUUGUUCUUUUUGCCCAAUGGAAUCUGUGUGUCUGCCACCUUGUACCUUGUGAUAUUUUCCUGGCGAACUCCUCAGGAUGAGCAGCAAAGGAAAGAGGUUAAAAAGGACAGUCCUAGCAAUACCACCAGCAACACCGGCAACAGUGGCAGUGGUACCAGUGUGAGCACCACCACUGGGGAGACAAGCAAUGUUCACUUUACAGUGUAGAUUUGUGGAUCAGUCCUAGCAUCGAUAUAUUUCAUUUGAAUAAAAUAGCAAGAGGACCCCUGAUUUGGAAACACCAGCUUUUGCUUGGCUUUGGGGGGAAAUUGGCCACUUCAGAUGACUGACAGCAUUCAGGGCUCUGUGAAGAAGAGGAGUCGGAGUCAUAGUAGAAGCAGGGAUAGAAAGUGCAGUCGUAGCCGAGACCGGCAUAGACGGAGAAACAGUCGUAGUCGAAGUCGAGAUCGGCAGCGUCAUCACCGCAGCCGCAGCCGUAGCUGGGAUCGGCGACAUAAUAGUGAGUCGCGAAGUAGAGACCGGCGACGUGAAGAUCGUGUGCGCUAUAGGAGUCCUCCACUUCCCACUGGACGUAGGUAUGGACACAGUAAGAGCCCUCAUUUCAAAGAGAAGAGCCCGGUCAGGCAGCCAAUUGAUAAUCUGAGCCCUGAGGAGCGUGAUGCCCGCACAGUUUUCUGUAUGCAAUUAGCUGCCCGUAUCCGGCCUCGAGACCUGGAGGACUUUUUUUCUGCUGUUGGCAAGGUUCGUGAUGUGCGUAUCAUCUCAGAUCGGAACUCACGUCGUUCUAAAGGCAUUGCGUAUGUGGAAUUCUGUGAAAUGCAGUCUGUGCCACUGGCCAUUGGGCUGACUGGGCAACGACUUCUGGGAGUACCUAUCAUUGUACAGGCCUCACAGGCUGAGAAAAACCGAUUGGCAGCCAUGGCCAACAAUCUGCAGAAGGGUACUGGUGGACCAAUGCGCCUCUAUGUGGGCUCCCUGCACUUCAAUAUCACUGAGGACAUGCUCCGGGGCAUCUUUGAGCCUUUUGGCAAGAUUGACAAUAUUAUCCUGAUGAAAGACUCAGAUACAGGCCGUUCUAAAGGUUACGGUUUUAUUACGUUCUCUGACUCUGAGUGUGCCCGGCGGGCCCUGGAACAGUUGAAUGGUUUUGAACUUGCUGGUCGACCUAUGAGGGUUGGCCAAGUGACUGAGCGGCUGGAUGGUGGCACAGACAUCACUUUUCCUGAUGGGGACCAGGAGCUGGAUCUGGGAUCAGCAGGUGGACGUUUGCAGCUUGUGGCCAAACUGGCAGAAGGCUCUGGAAUCCAGCUGCCAACCACAGCUGCUGCUGCUGCUGCUGCUGCCCAAGCUGCUGCCUUACAACUGAAUGGAGCAGUUCCUUUGGGGGCCCUGAACCCAGCAGCUCUGACUGCUCUGAGUCCGGCUUUGAACCUUGCCUCCCAGGCAAUUGCAUCCCAGUGCUUCCAGCUUUCCAGCCUCUUUACCCCCCAAACCAUGUAAAUCAGUGGCACAGCACACUACCUCUCUGUACCGUCUGGGUCCUGCCACUCUCUUCUCCUUCUACUGCCCUGUCUUCCAUUUGUGGACCAAGCCAUCCUGAGGCAUGGACAUUGAUUCUGGAGGAACUUGGGGCCACUCUUAAGACAACAAGAAGAGCUCCUGCCCAUGCCCCACUGGGAAUGGACUCUGCUGAGCAAAGCCCCCAGUUGAAGAGAACAAUCUACACCUGCAUUGAACACUUUUGUCUUUGUGUAUCUUUUCCCAAGACCACCUUCUUUCCCUUUCCCAUUACCUCUUAGUGAUUCUUCCUCCAUUGGGAAGGCCAUAGGGUAUUAACUAUAGGACCUAACCUCUCUUCCUAUAUUUUUACCCUAUGAACUAUCACAGGAUCUCUGAAUAUAGAGGACAUUGGAGUUACGGGGUGCACUUUGAAGGUGCUGGACUUUUGCUUUAAGGACCCUGGCAGAUAGCAUGGAUAUGGACAUGCACAUUAUGACACCUGGCUCAGGCCUCAGCUUAAUUAUAGCUUGAAGCCAGAACUACUACUGUAGGCUCAGCAUCUUAUUGGGAGGCACAGUAGUGAUCUAUCCUGCCAGGCAAUUGGGAUUGAAGCCUCAGGGGCUUUCAGGAGUUUAAGUAAAAGGUAGGAUACCUUUCCAUCUUCCUUUGUACACUUGUCCUUCUUCUCAAGUCCUCCCUUUGGCCUAGGGUGUGAGGAUGGAGGGGAGGCUGCUAUUUUCCACCACUUCCUAUGUGCCUCUACUGAUGUUUCAACCCUGGUGGUUAAAGCCACUCCCAUCCCCUACCUGAGUAUGGGUGAGCCCUUCUCACUUGAUUUUAUAUCCUUGUGUCUAUGUACAUAUAAAAGAAAAAAUUAUAUAUAUAUACAUAUAAACUUUAUAUAAAAGCCAAUCUCCCUGUUGUGGCUGCUGCUGUCCAUGCGGUCUCAGUUAGUGUGUUGUUCUGAUGUUAAACUUCGGAGCCAAAACCAUGAUGGUUCCAGGGAGAUAUAUAAAACUUUUAUAAUACCA